AUGUCAACAAAAGAAAAAUCACAUAAAAAAGAAUCAACUAAAAAAAAAUUAGAAGAGAAAUCAAUAGCCUUACCAAAAACCAAAAAAGUUGAAGAAACUUCAACCACCACCACCACUAUUGAAUCAAAAUCUAAAAAAGUAGAGAAAACUAAAAAAGCAGAAGAAAAUAAAAAAGUAGAAGAAUCUAUAACAACACCAAAAACUAAAAAAGAUAAAACUAAAAAAGAAACUUCAGCCACCACCACCACUGAACAAAAAGCCAAAAAAGUAGAGGAAACUUCAGCCACCAUCACCAAAACAACACCAAAAACUAAAAAAGAUGAGAAAAAUAAAAAAGUAGAAGAAACUUCCACAGAAUCAAAAGUUAAAAAAGCUGACAAAUCAAAAAAAGUUGAAGAAAAGAAAACCGCACCCGCACCCGCACCACCACCAAAAGAAAAUAAAACAACCACAAUAAAUAAAAAACAAAAUGAAAAAGUUGAACAAACUAAAAAACCACAACAACUACAACAACAAAAACAACAACAAAAAAGAAAAUUAGAAGAAAUUGAAAGUUCAUCAUCAGAAUCAGAAUCAGAGGAAGAUUUAGGAUAUGUACCAGAUAGUAGUGAUGAUUCAGAUGAUGAUUCAGAUUUUGAUGAAAUUCAAGCAGAUUUUGAUAUAGUACCAAGUGUUGAUAAAGAUUAUCAUUCAAUCAAAAAUAUGAUAGUAAGAUUAGUACCAUAUAAUGAAACAUUGAAAUUCAAUGCAGGUGAAUUAACCGAUCUAAUCAUUGAACAAGCCACAAAAAAGAAAUUUGGUAGAUCAAUUAAUAUUGAUGGUUCUGAAGACCCAUAUGGUUUCAUAUCAAUUUUAAAUUAUCAAUUAGUUAAGAAUCAACCAACAAUUCAAGGUUAUAUAGAUUACAUCAAUGAGAAAUUAUUAGAACCUGAAGAAACAUUCAUUGAUUCCAAAUUAGCUGGUGGUGAAAAAUCAAUGAAAUCAUAUCUCUCAAAAUUAUUAAAUCAAUCUAAAACCAAUCAAUUGGGUUUAAUUUUCUCUGAACGUUUUAUAAAUAUACCAAAUCAAUUGGCUCAUCCAAUUUAUCAAUUUAUGCAAUUCGAUGUUGAAUUAAUGCAAGAAAAAAAUAAUGAUAAAAAUUAUGAUUUUAAAAAUUAUUUGGUUUUUACUUCAUUUGGUAUAACUUCAAAACCAAAUGAAGAAGAUCAAUUACCACCACCAUCAAAAUCAAUGAAUGUUGAUGAUGAUGAUGAUGAUAGUGAAGAUCAUGAUGAACAACCAAUUAAAAAAUCAAAAUCAAAUAAAGGUACAAUUAAUAAAAAAGAAAAUAAAUCUAAAAAUCAAAAAUCAACAAUAGUUGAACAACAACAACAAGAAGUUGAAGAAGUUGAAGAAGGUUUAGUUUUAUAUCAAAAAUGUGAAGAUAAAUACUUUAGAGAAUAUGCUUCAGCUUGGUCAACUUUUGAUAUUCCAUAUCUUUAUGGAAAAGGUUCAAAAUGGACUCUUUACUCAAAUAUGAUUAAAAAAGGUUUAAUUAUGAUUAUUCCAGCUUCAAAAUAUCAACAAUUUUUAAAUGAUUUAAAAGAAAAAGCAAUUUAUGAUUAA